GUGGGAGUAUGCAGCGUGUUCUCGGACAGGUUACAGUUUGAUAUCAAGGCAGAGACGUGUAACCUAAGUACAAUUUUUGUUGUUAUUGUACUUUUAAGGGUGUCUUAAUGCGAUAUUGCACACUUUGGGUUUUAGAAAGGACUGUCUUCCAGCUACUUGAAUUUGGUCAUAUGGCUGCUUGAAAAGGCUACUCGUGUAACUCCGCGUUUGUUGUGCAAAAUCAAACGUUUGUUAAAGUUCUCUGAAACGUUAAAGUCGUCCCAGUUUUCGAAACCUCUUCCUAGCUGUUGACAACAAUGAGCUGUGUAAAGGAGGAAACUCGAAGUUCAUCUCCUCAAUGCCCCAAACCUGAUGAAUCCGAGCAACCGCUGGGCACAAGCAUGGAAACAGAAGAAGCCAACGAUGUCAGCGUGGAAUGUGAAAAAACAUCCCAAGCUGUUAUCACAAAGGAAAUGGAGGAGGAAGAGAAAGAGCUGAUGGAAGAAGGGGAGAGAAAAGAAAAGGAAAUGAUUGAAAAGGCCCGGAAGUCAUGGGAAAGGGACUCGCAUGACAUGCGGUUCAAGAGGCUGCAGCAUUUGCUCCAAAAGAGCAAUAUUUACUCCAAAUUUUUGCUUACGAAAAUGGAACAGCAACAGAACGAGGAGAGACACCAUAAAGAAAGAAUUGAAAAAAAGACAAAACAAAAACAGUUGCAAAGCACCAACAAUGCAGAGCCAGAGAAAGCUGGUAAAAAGAAGAGGAAAAGAAAUGAUGACUACAAAAUAGCAGAUGUCAUGUCAGCAGAAGAAAUCAUGUCACAAGCUAAGAAAUCAAAAGUUGGAGAAGAGAACGAAGCAGCAACUCAGAAGAAACUAGAUGCUGAGGAUAUAGAAAAAAUAAGUGACUCCAACCAAGAGAUCAAGAACCGCCUCUCGGAGACGGUUCGAGACAAUGCCAAACAUCUUCUGGAUCCCACCCGCAAGGUGAACGGGCAGCCCGUCCCUGUCCAGCAGCCACAACUCUUUACCGGUGGACUUAUGAGAUGGUACCAGAUUGAAGGCAUUGAGUGGCUGAGGAUGUUGUGGGAAAACGGUAUCAAUGGGAUUCUGGCUGACGAAAUGGGACUGGGAAAGACCAUCCAGUGUAUUGCUCACAUUGCCAUGAUGAUUGAGAAAAAAGUAAUGGGCCCCUUCCUGGUGGUGGCCCCUCUCUCCACUCUGCCUAACUGGAUCAAUGAGUUCAAGCGCUUCACACCACAGGUAUCCGUAUUACUAUAUCAUGGCCCUCAGCAAGAGAGGGCUAAGGUGCUGAAGCAGAUCUGCAGGACUCAGGGGCCACUCAACAUGUAUCCUGUAGUGGUCACCUCCUUUGAGAUCUCCAUGAUUGACAGAAAAUAUUUACAACGUUUCCAGUGGAAAUAUCUAAUAGUUGACGAAGGCCACAGGAUCAAGAAUCUCAAUUGUCGGCUGGUGCGGGAGCUGAAGACACUUCCUACUGACAACAAGCUGCUGCUAACGGGCACGCCGCUGCAGAACAACCUGGCUGAACUCUGGUCUCUUCUCAAUUUCCUCUUGCCAGAGGUCUUUGACGAUCUCAAAAGUUUUGAGUCGUGGUUUGACAUCAGCACACUCGGUGACGCUGAGAAUGUGGUGGUUGCUGAACGUGAGCAGAACAUCUUAAGCAUGUUGCACCAGAUUCUGACUCCAUUCCUACUGAGGAGGCUGAAGUCAGAUGUCACACUGGAAGUCCCUCCUAAGAAAGAGAUAAUUGUUUAUGCACCCCUCACGCCCAAACAGGAGGCCUUUUACACUGCUGUUGUCAACAAGACCCUUGCAAAGAUGCUUGGCCAGGAAAAGACCGAAGCUCCCAUAGUUCUGACUUCACGUGGCAGACCCAAACGGCAAAGUCGAAAGGUGGUGGACUACAAAGAAACCGAGCCAGACACAGCGUUGGCCUUAGACAAAUAUCUGGACAGAGUUCGUAAGGAUGCUGAGCAAAGCCCCUCUCCAGUACUGGACGUUCAGAGCCCACUGGAUGCUCAGAUCAACCUGAAGCUGCAGAACAUGCUCAUGCUGCUGAAGAAAUCCUGCAACCACCCUUAUCUAGUGGAGUACCCCCUUGACCCUGCCACACAGGAGUUUAAGAUUGAUGAACAGUUGGUGCAGAAUUCUGGAAAAUUUCUUAUCCUGGACAGGCUACUUCCCGCUCUGAAGAAAAGGGGGCACAAGGUUCUGAUCUUCAGUCAAAUGACAUCCAUUUUGGACAUUCUGACGGAUUACUGCUACCUACGAGACUUUCAGUACAGCCGGCUGGAUGGCAGCAUGUCUUACGCUGACAGAGAUGAAAAUAUAACGAAGUUUUCCAAAGAUCCCGAAGUGUUCCUCUUCUUACUGAGCACUAGAGCGGGCGGACUUGGGAUCAACUUGACUGCUGCCGACACAGUCAUCAUCUUCGAUAGUGACUGGAACCCCCAGGCAGACCUUCAGGCUCAGGACCGCUGUCACCGCAUUGGGCAGACCAAACCAGUGGUCGUGUACCGCUUGAUCACUGCCAACACCAUUGACCAAAAGAUUCUGGAAAGGGCAUCUGCCAAGAGGAAACUGGAGCAGAUGGUCAUUCAUAAGAAUAAGUUCAAAGGCAGCAGGGCAGAGCUGAAUCAAAACAAAAGUUGCAUUGAUCUCGAUGAUCUCCGGGAUCUGCUCAAAGGCAAAGGUCUCGAAAAAGAGGUAAAAGCAUCAAGAGGAAAAGUGAUCAGUGACAAGGACCUAGAGAUUCUGUUGGAUCGCAGUGACCUUUUGGACAAACACAAGGGGACCACGAAGGAGAAGGUGGGAGUCUUCAGAGUGAUCGAUGCCAAAGACUCAUCAGAGAUCACAUUAACCUGAGAGCACAGGAACAUUAUUUUGGAUAAAAACGAGGCCUUCUCUUGACGGUCCACAGCUACUGUCACUAAUAGUGAAAGCAGGGGUAUUCUUUAAACUGCUUUCUGUAGUUCUAUAUUAUACAUUUUAUUUCUACUUUAACAGUCUUAAUGAUCUAUAUAACUAUGUUUCUUUUUUUUUCUUUUUUUAAAGAAUUUCCCUUUUUUUAUCCACCAAGCCCUCUUUCUAUGAAGCAACAUCUAGACUUUUGAACAUUUUCAGUUUCAUGGCGUUUAAAAAGAAAUUCAAAUUGAUUUUGGAAGGGAAAGUUAAAUAAAAAUAUUUGAAAUUGAAACUAAGAAUUUAAAACGAAUUCAAUAUAUAAAUGUCUCAAAUCCAUCAAUAUGCAAAGAAUGGAGCAGUUGAAAGAUGGUUCUAUAUCUUUUUACUUUAAAUUCAAUCACCAUGCAACUUUGUUUUAAAAAGCCAAUUUAUUUACUUCGCCAUUUGCUUUAUCAUUCAAGUCACCUAUUAAACCAUUUCAGUUUUAUUUAAUUCUCUCUAUUUGUUCAAUAGCAUAUUUGCUCUUCAGAUUUUUGCUUUCUUAUAUAGAAGUGGUAAAGUAAAUGGGCUUUUUAUAAUCAAGGGCCAUAAUUGUUGAUAUAAAUCGGAGUAGAAGUUUGUAAUUGUGGAGCAUUGUGUGAUGUAUUGGUGGACUUUUAGCAUAUUGAUGUGUUAAUUGGGAGAUGUAUAUAUUUUUGCUUUUAUUUUUAAUUCUGUCCAUUUCGGUUCAAUACUUCUGUUGUCUACCUUUUGAUAUGCAAAACUUGAGUCCGUUAGGAAAUACUGAGCUGCAGGGACAGUUUAUCAUUGUUCACAAUGUUCAAAAUUAUAGCACUUUGAUGCAUCUACAGCGAUACCUUUUCUUGUUGAUCUAAAUAAAUCGGUGAAAUUAUUGUGUUGUUUUUUUUUUUCAUUCUCAAAACACUUGCUAGUAAGAAAACUACCUUUUCUGAUCUGUUGUGAGUGAAGGGGUUUAACAUGCAUAAUUUUUUUUUUGUCGUUAUGAUUGGAUUAUAGAAAGAAAUCAGUGCAUUUCUCAUUCAUACAGCAUUCUCCAUAUACACUAACAUUGUGAAGUUUGAUGUUUUGCUGAAUGUAAGUAAUUUUAGGUGUUAGGGGGUGACAAAUUUCUUAUGAUUGAAAACUAUAAUUUCUUGUCAUUUAAGGUAUUUGAACAGCAACACCUUUCAAUUGACAAAAAAUUGGCGAAUUGCUUUUUGCUGUAUGUGAAACAUAACAUUCCACAAAAAUAAAGUUACUAAUGAA